AUGAAUAGUUGCGUGCUGGCGGCGGUGCCCCAGCAGACGCACGCGGUGCCGCCGCCCCCGCAGCAGCUGAGCCCGGACAGCACGUCGCCGGGCACGCAGGGCCACGGGCAGGCGCACGGCUCGCCGCCCCCGCCGCCCCACGACGCCGCCCCCGACUCGCAGCUGCAGCGCGCCCCGCCGGAUGUUCACGAGGACGGCGACAGCCGCGACUCGGAGCGGCUGCACCACCACCAACCUGGCGCCCACCCAGGUGAGGACCAGGGCGCGCAGGCCGGUGGCGAGGGCGCGGCCGGCGGCCAGCCGGCGCAGCAGCCGCAGCAAAAGAAGCGCAAGCGGCGGGUGCUGUUCAGCAAGGCGCAGACGUACGAGCUGGAGCGCCGCUUCCGCCAGCAGCGCUACCUGUCGGCGCCCGAGCGCGAGCACCUCGCCUCCAUCAUCCGCCUGACGCCCACCCAGGUCAAGAUCUGGUUCCAGAACCACCGCUACAAGACCAAGCGCGCCCAGCAGGAGAAGGGCCAGCAAGGUGUGUACACUGCCCGCCCGGUCCCGUCGCCGCGGCGGGUGGCGGUGCCGGUGCUGGUGCGCGACGGCAAGCCCUGCGUGGGC